UUUUGUAUUUUGCCAGCAUGUCAGCUGUGUUAGGAUCGUUGUGAGUGUUUUGUGUAAUUGCUGGAAUACAGCAGCGCAUGUAUUGAUGUUUACAAUGACAGAUAAACAUACAAACCAAUAAUCUGAGAGGCGAAUUUUGCGCCCGGUGGGUUUACCUGCUCUGAACUGUGAGAGCAGAGUUUAGCAGUUUACCAUGGGCUCCCAGGACGAUCUCAAGAGUGCAUCAACUCUUGCAUCCUACAAUGUCUUGCUUCAGGUGAUGUUCCGCCUGCUCACCUUCUUCCUGAAUGCUUUUACUCUGCGCUUCGUGUCCAAGGAAUUAAUAGGUGUAGUAAACGUCAGGUUGAUGCUUCUGUACACCACGCUGGUUUUCCUGUCCAGAGAAGCGUUCAGGAGGGCGUGUCUAAGCGGUGAAGGGGAGGGGCGUAACUGGAGACAAGUCAUCAACCUGUUGUGGCUUACGCUCCCACUUGGUUGUCUCUGGGGUGCGCUGCUGGUGUGUGUGUGGUGGUGGCUGCUCAAGGCUCCAGAUCCUGAGGCUGUUCCACAUUACGUCCCUGCUGUGGGAUUCUUUUGCCUGGCUGCUCUUAUGGAGUUGCUGGCUGAGCCGCUCUGGGUCCUUGCACACGCACACAUGCUCGUCCGCUUAAAGGUGGUUGCUGAAAGCUUAGCAAUGAUUGCUAAAUGUCUUGUCACUGUGGUGAUGGUGGUCUCUGCUCCUGAUUGGGGUCUCUACAUAUUCUCUGCUGCCCAGUGUGUGUAUGCAGGAUUUCUACUUCUCUGUUACAUCAUCUACUUCCUCCAAUUCCUUGGUUCUGAGGAGGCAAAGAAAAAGUCCUUCCCUCUGGAUCACGUCUCACAGCUGCUGCCCACCAGAUUGAACGGACAGCCUCUGAUAAACUGGAAGCUUGCCACACUGACUUGGAGUUUCUUCAAACAGUCCUUCCUCAAACAGAUACUCACAGAAGGCGAGCGUUAUGUAAUGACCUUCCUGAAUGUGCUCAACUUUGGAGACCAGGGGGUGUAUGAUAUAGUGAACAAUCUUGGCUCAAUGGUGGCUCGGUUUCUCUUCCUGCCAAUUGAGGAGAGUUUCUAUGUGUUCUUUGCCAAAGUGUUGGAGCGAGGGCAGGACGUACGGCAGCAGAAACAGGAGGAGGUUUCCAUAGCAUCAAAUGUACUGGAAUGUCUGCUGAAGCUGGUUCUCUUGAUUGGUCUGAUUAUCACUGCAUUUGGUUACUCCUAUUCUUACCUGGCCCUCGAUAUGUAUGGGGGGGGACUUCUGAGCAGCGGGACAGGGCCUUCUCUUUUGCGUUGCUACAGUUUCUACGUACUUCUUUUAGCCAUCAAUGGUGUAACAGAGUGUUUUGUCUUUGCUGCCAUGAGCAAAGAGGAAGUGGACAGGUAUAACCUAGUGAUGCUGGGACUGUCUGCAUCCUUUCUGCUGCUUUCCUAUUGGCUGACUUGGCUGUUUGGGGGCAUGGGCUUCAUUUUGGCAAACUGCUGUAACAUGGGACUGCGAAUCAUGCACAGUCUAAUUUACAUACACCGCUACUUCCAGCACAGUGUCCACACCCCUCUAUCUGGACUCCACCCACAUCCUGCUCUGCUGAUCGCCCUCAUGAUGAGCUUUGUCCUCACAGGCUUUUCAGAGCGUAUGUUGUGCUGUGACAGCGGCUGGUUGCUAAGGCUGGCGCACAUCACCAUUGGAGCAGUUUGUUUACUGGGUGUGGUCAUCGUUGCGUUUCUUACAGAAACCAGACUUGUUCAAUUCAUUAGAACUCAGCUAUUACCCAAAUACAGCAAGAAAGACACGUGAACUUAUAUGAUAAAACUUUGACCUUGAAUUAAGAUGCAGCUGUGAGUUUGAUGUUCAGUUGUGGACCAAAUAUUGCCUUGUUUGAUUUAGGCUUCUAUGAACACUGUAUAGAUAAUCUAGAAAUAUUCUUAACAUUUUGAAUGUUUUCUUAAGAUUGGUCACAAGCUUUUUUUAUAAAUCUGAAACACCUAAAAUACUUUCGACCCAUGUCUGUCGGCUUUUUAUAAAUAUUAAUGAUAUGAAAAAAUAUACAAUGUAAACGGUGCAUGACUGUUGAGGAUGUUCAUCCGUGAAGUUCAGAUGCACAAAAACGGAUCUCUUGUUUGUUUUUCUUUGUUUUAGACUCUCUUAUAUAUCUAAAAACCAACCAUUAUUAACUCCUGCACUAACUUAACAAGUGUGAAUUUCCAAAGUUAUGAAUCUGCAAAUGUUCUCUCUGUGAGAAACUACAAUUAUUCACUUCUUGGUGUGCUUAUCCUUUAUUCACGAUGAACCCUGAAGUAGUAUGCAGUUAUUACAGUUAGUCAAAUAAAUGAACUUCUGAUAGCGGAGAGUGGUUACAGUUUUAUUUAAAAUUUUGUGUUUUCUUAAUUGAGGUUGGUGAUGUGGUGAUAGUAAAAUCUAUGAUUUUAGUAAAGACAAGUUUUGGUUUUUGGCUGUGUUAUACAGUACAUUUAUUUGGAACGAAAAUAUUGAAGGGGAAAAACUGAAAAAGUAUUAAUAAAAUGGUUUCUGUCAAAGUGUGGUAAGCCUCUUA